UUCCGGUAGGAUCCUUGGCCGGGUCGGUAGGGCCGUGGCGGUGAGAAACUCUAGGUGUUGCGUGUUGAACCUUUUCAGGCGUGAGCGGACAUGGCGGCAGCCUUUAGGAAGGCGGCCAAGUCCCGGCAGCGGGAGCACCGAGAACGAAGCCAGCCUGGCUUUCGAAAACAUCUGGGUCUGCUGGAGAAAAAGAAAGAUUACAAACUUCGUGCAGAUGACUACCGAAAAAAGCAGGAAUACCUUAGAGCUCUGCGGAAGAAGGCUCUUGAAAAGAAUCCAGAUGAAUUCUACUAUAAAAUGACUCGAGUUAAAUUGCAGGAUGGAGUUCAUAUUAUUAAGGAGACUAAGGAAGAAGUAACUCCAGAACAGCUGAAAUUGAUGAGAACUCAGGAUGUCAAAUAUGUAGAAAUGAAAAGGGUUGCUGAAGCUAAGAAAAUUGAAAGACUAAAGUCAGAGCUCCAUCUGCUGGAUUUCCAGGGGAAGCAACAGAAUAAGCAUGUGUUUUUUUUUGACACCAAAAAAGAAGUUGAACAGUUUGAUGUUGCAACUCACCUGCGAACAGCCCCGGAACUAGUUGACAGAGUAUUUAAUAGACCCACAAUAGAAACCUUGCAGAAGCAGAAAAUGAAAGGCAUCACCUUUGAUAUCCGACCUAAGAGGAUAGCUAAAGAAAGCCAAAAGCAGUAUAACUGCCUGACACAACGAAUUGAGCGUGAGAAGAAAUUGUUUGUUAUUGCACAGAAGAUUCAGACACGCAAAGAUCUUAUGGAUAAAACUCAGAAAGUGAAAGUGAAGAAAGAAACAGUGAACUCCCCAGCUAUUUACAAAUUUCAGGGUCGUCGAAAACGUUGAAGUGCUAUAGAUAAGCCUUAUCAUUCCACAUGGAAAGGAAUUGUUUUCUUUCCAAAAACUCCAAAUUCCAUUAGUUUAAAUGAUGUUUUUCUCUUUGUGACCAUAAUAAAUUGCAGAACUGA